AGCUUCGCCUGACUUCUGAAGCUCGAGAGUUGAUAUGUAUCAAAAGGCAGAGGUUUCAGUGAGCUUGUAACUGAGGCAGGGAAUCAAUAAUCUAGCCAGGCAGGUUUUAAUCUGUAUACUUCUAGACACUGACGAUUUAAACUUGGAUCAAAUAUUUUGUCCAAACAUUGAGAUUGAUUAUUGCCCAAUUUAUUCGGAACCCGCUGAUUUGGGCUUUUGCGUCUGGUGAUGUGAUUUUGAAACGGCCUUGAUCUUCCAAUCUUAGGCUUCAGUAUCUGAAUACUUGGAAGAAAAUGACAUUUCUUCAAUUACUUGAGGUUAACGAUUGUUCAAAAGAACGGGAAGCGCGUAAUUUUUGACGGUUUUCGUCCGUCUGACAACUGACAGGAUAUGACAUAAUAAAGGAAAGUUUCACAUAUCUUUUUGAUCGUCAAUUUGAAGGAAGGAUUCGUCGAGAAAGGGGUUUUGUUGGAUUUCUUGCUAUCGUCUUAAUACACACAUGGGUGUUCUUGAAAUCAGUCAAACUCUGAUGUUGAUUUUAAGCAGGCUUCAAUGAUAAGAGGAUGGCUCUCAAACGGGGGGCAUUCCCUCUUCUUCAUUCUUCUCUCUUCUCUAUGAGCAGCGUGAGAACUCGAAAAUUGUAGUAGCAUUGCUGAUUCUUCUCUACACUUUAAUGCAGCCCAGAGGCCCUCGCGAAUUGUGUCGAAUCUUGACGACUUUCUCUCUAUUUGCGUCAAGAGGGUGGGUUGAAUGCACAUGGAUGUAGAUUGGUCAUGUAGCUGCAUCGUUUCGCUCGCUGUACAUCAAAGACCUUAACCAACGUUGCCAGGGCUAGUCACCAACUUUGCCCGGCGCAGCAAGAAAUGGUCACAGAAUAUUUCUUUUUAAUAUUUUUAAUAUCUACUGUAACGAUCCGCCUUCAUAACAUUAAUGACAAGAGGAGAGGAAAACUUUUGAAGUUGUUUGAUUGGCAUAUGUGCAUCACUAUUGUGGGAGUGUGUAUUUAAGGUUAGCCCGCGGCGCAUGCCUGCGGUUAAUUGGCUGUUACACCUGGACUUAACCGUGACUCUCAUCAUAAUCAUCAUUAUCGUCACAAAGCAAGGCUAAACAGCCAGGGUCGACGUGUGUUCAAUAUUAUUUGGUUGAAAGAAAAAAACCAAACACCAUCGUCCGAUGCCAGUUCGUCUCAAUCCACCUACGGACUUAUAGAUUGGAUUUUAUACUCACGAUACGAAAUAGACCACUGUACCUUCGACCAUCGCCCCCGUUCUGGGGGACUUACAGUGCUACUGGAUCCCGGUACAAACUCCUUGUAACGAUACCUUAAGCACACUGUCAUAUCAAUCUGGGACCUUAUCCCACUUUUGGACUAUUAUUUUAUUCGCACCACGACCCAUCAUGGUUACCACCUCACAUUGGGGUCAGUUGGUGGUGCCCCUUGUAUGCUGCUGUGUCGUGGUCGGCGGCUGGCCCGGAUCAACGUCAUCGUCGUCGUCGUCGUCAUCAUCGUCGUCGAGGAGUAGUCAGAACGAAGGCGACCAGAAUAGGAAAGCACAGGUCAUUGAGGCGUUUGAAUCGACGCUUUUGGGGAUGUUUGGAUUGAAAGAGAGGCCGAGACCACAAGGAAAAUUGCGAGUACCUCAAUACAUGAUGGACUUAUACCGAUCACAUACAGAACAUGAAGAUGGAAUUAGUAUGCAUUUUGACUUCGAUCAUUUAUCGACGGGAACAGCUAAUACCAUUAGGAGCUAUCAUCACGAAGACGCUGGCCAAGUCCUGCCAACGGAGCACCACAGACACACAGUGAUCUUCAAUAUAUCCACAAUGCCUGCAGAAGAAGUAUUGACAAUGGCCGAACUGAGAUUGUUCCGCAAAGACCUAGAAGAGCACAGCAUCGCAAAACGCCACGCACUUGACGACAGGAAAAGUCUGGAGCCCAUUCAUUACAUGCAAAGAAUAAAUGUGUAUCAUAUUUUAAAACCAGUUGCACGAAAUCGAGACACGAUUAAAAGGCUGAUCGACACAAGGUUAGUGGACGUACGAAACAGUAGUUGGGAAUCCUUUGACGUACGUCCUGCAGUAACGUCUUGGGUCGAAGUGCCAGAGAAGAACCAUGGAUUAGAGAUAGAGCUCAUAGACUCACGGGGUAGACCGUCCCCUAAUCAUCAUCACGUCCGUGUGACGAGAGAAGCUGACCCAAGUAAGGUCCAAGAACUCCAAAACGAGGAAGAGGAGAGGUGGUUUCAGACGAGACCUCAGAUAGUAACGUACAGCGAUGACGGUCGCACAAAAAGAUCACCAUCAUCAAGGGGUCGAAAGAGAAAAGGAAAGCGAUUGAAGGCGAACUGCAGACGUCAUCCGUUGUAUGUGGAUUUUAGUGACGUCCAUUGGAAUGAUUGGAUCGUCGCACCGGCCGGAUACCAGGCCUACUAUUGUCAUGGUGAGUGUCCUUUUCCACUCGCCGAACAUCUUAAUACUACCAAUCAUGCUAUCGUACAAACGUUAGUAAACUCUGUCAACCCAGCACUAGUACCCAAAGCAUGUUGCGUGCCUACAGAACUUAGUGCAAUCAGCAUGUUAUAUCUGGACGAGUAUGAAAAGGUCGUCCUUAAGAACUAUCAAGAUAUGGUUGUAGAAGGCUGUGGAUGCCGGUAGAACCAUCAA